GCCAGUGCAGAUCCUUAAUUAGUCCUCCCCAGUCACACGGUCACACCCCUGCCUCUCACCUUGCCCCCCUCCUCCCAGCAGGUAGCUCUACACACAGGCCGUGCACUCCUCCCACACUGAGCCUCCCGCUUCCCCCUGCUGGGAGGAGAGAGCCUGCCGGGUCCAGCACUACCACUUCCCGGGCCCAGCUCUGCCCGGCUCCACGUGUUCGCAAUGUCCGCCUCGCACGGUAGGAGGCCGGCAGGUAAGGCUCAGGGGAUCAUCCAGGGCCAUGGACAGAGGAGCUGGAACAUGUCAGGUGUGUAACCUGCCUGCCAGGAAACGGCAAGUUCUCCUACCUGCUGGGCAGCAUGGGGCAUGGCAGCUAGUGGGUGGCGUGCCCUCCCUGUGUGCUAUGGCAGCUAGUGGGUGGUGUGCCCUCCCUGUGUGCUAUGGCAGGCUGUGGGUGGUGUGCGCUCUCUGUGUGCUAUGGCAGGCUGUGGGUGGUGUGCGCUCUCUGUGUGCUAUGGCAGGCUGUGGGUGGUGUGCCCUCUCUGUGUGCUAUGGCAGGCUGUGGGUGGGUGUGCCCUCUCUGUGUGCUAUGGCAGGCUGUGGGUGGUGUGCCCUCUCUAUGCUGUGGGUGGUGUGCCCUCCCUGUGUGCUAUGGCAGGCUGUGGGUGGUGUGCCCUCUCUAUGCUGUGGGUGGUGUGCCCUCUCUAUGCUGUGGGUGGUGUGCCUUCCCUGUGUGCUAUGGCAGGCAGUGGGUGGUGUGCCCUCUCUAUGCUGUGGGUGGUGUGCCUUCCCUGUGUGCUAUGGCAGGCAGUGGGUGGUGUGCCCUCUCUAUGCUGUGGGUGGUGUGCCCUUGUUGUGUGCUAUGGCAGCCAGUGGGUGGUGUGCCCUCGUUGUGUGCUAUGGCAGCCAGUGGGUGAUGUGCUCUCGUUGUGUGCUAUGGCAGCCAGUGGGUGGUGUGUCCUCGUGUUUGGUGUGCCCUCUCAUGGCAGCCCAUGACACAGAGUGGCUUUCACUUCACACUGUCUGUACCUUUCCUUUUCAUUUACUUGCAACUUUGAGCGGUUUAUGCUGUUUGUAUUGGGGAUCAACUGAUAUUGCUUUUUUUUUAGGGCCAAUACUAAUAAUCUGUGGUCUUUCAGGCUGACAACGUGUACCAAUAUUCUGUACAUUUACAGUUUUGAAAAAUACAUAAUUUCUACACAAAUCUGCUGUUAACCGAACAUGUUAUUUUAUAAUGCUGUUUUUUUUUUUUUUAAAUCUUUCUUUUGAGCGGUAAAUGUACAAAAUAUACAUGCCAGUCAGAUUUUGGUUUUUAAAGUGUGUGUGUGUGUGUGUGGUUCAGUGGCUUUGUGCAGCUGCCAGUGGGUUUCACACUGAAUUGGGGUCUGGGACCCGGCACACGCUAUCUUCUUUCCGUCAGUUCCUUUCUCCAACUUUUGCAAGCCUGGUAUGCCGGACAGAACACUGCCGUGGCAACAUUUUGACGGCCUAAGGCUCUUAAGCAUUGGAGAGGAGAACUAGAGAUGGUGUGCGCUGCGCCUCAGCUGCCAUCUACAAUAUCGGUAUCAUUAUAGGCCGAUACGAUAUUGCUGAAUAUUGGCCAGACCGAUAAUCGAUCAAUCCUUAGUGUGUGUGUUUGAUGUAUCCUUUAAUUUGUCAUCUUAAUUAUUAUUUAUAUAACACUAGCUUAUUAUACUACACUUUGCAAUAUAAUAUAGGGGGAAUUUAACGUGUACGUGUGUAUAUCAAUCUAUCUCCAAUCUCCCUACCUUGAUAGAGUUCACUCAAAAAAACCUUUUGUAUUUUCAAAUCUGCUGCAUUACUAUGCAAUAUUGCAUGAAUGUCAACGUUUGCAGUCCAUGCCUGGACUUUUUUGAAAACUUGAAAUAAGGCCGGUUACGAACUGAAACAUUGACAUUUAUACUAUAUUACACAAUAAAGCAGUAAAUUUUAAAAUGCUUAGAGUCCUUUGAAAUGCGCUCUAUCGAGGCUGCUGUGCACAUUGUGUCGGACUUAUGUUCUACCAGAGCAAGUAAAGAGAGACUGGGAGACUACGGGUGCUGGUCCCAAGGAAUUCUAGUUAUUUAUAUCUCUAUCACAGCUCAGUGUAGAGUUUAUGGUGCAAAGAGUCUCUCUUUAUAGGGAUUUUCCACGUUUUAUUGGCAAAUUACUUGCAAGUUGUCUUUAAAAGGGAGGGGAAAAACAAACAAAAAACCAGGGUUCAUCCAGACACAGCCAACUUGACUAACCCUUCUUUACACGAACACCUAUAUACACUGACGUCACUUAGGGGACGUGGGGGGUGCGCAUUCCAUGGGGUGACAGUCAAAGACUAGAAGAGGUGGUAUGGGUGUCCAUGGAGGGUGAGCCUAAUCCUUGUGAUGUUGCUUUUAGCAAGUUUGUAGUUGGCUGAACAAGGCUUUCAACUGGGAGAUGCGUUUAUUUUUAUUUUUUUUGUCAAAAAAGGAAAGCACCUGCAGACUGCACCAUAACCACUACAGUGAGCUGUAGUUUUGGUGCAUAGUGCCCCUUUCAGCUUACUAGCAGGCAUGGAAUUUUAAAACUGGAUACACAAUAUCUACACAUCCUAUGGACACCAAAAAUACCUGUCUUUGUAUCCCUGCUGCAGUGAAAUCAGAUUAGUGAUGGGCAGGAGGGGGGCAAAUUUACAGUGCGCUGGCAUUGAGCAGAGCAUUAUCAUCACAUAAGCUGUUUCAGUUAUCCUCAUAAUGCUGAUUUGAUUGCCCCUAUAGCCUUUUCAUGGCCAGGAUUAGAGUAAUCCGUUAACCUUUUAUUCUCUGUCAUACAAGUUGAUAUACAACUCUUUCUCAAGUGAGAAGUAUAGUCUUUUACUGACUGUACAGCCUGGAGUAUCUGAGUUUAUUUAUUUUCCAUAUGAAUCCACAAAACUGUUAUGUAGUUAAAAGUGGCCCAAAUAACUUGUUACUGAACUAUAUCAAUUAUGAACAGUUGUUGGACUAUGACCAUCCUGAAUCAACAUAGUGCUAGGAGUUUAUAGAUUAAAUGCCUCUCAUAUGUUUGUCAGCAAGAUAUUUCAGCUAUAAACCAUUCCUCGUAAUUGUCCUAAAUAUGACUUAGCAGGUUUUUUUGGAGUGGGGGUACAGUAUUCUAAAAAUAAAAAAUAAAAAUAAAGGGUUAUGGUUUGGCUUUAUGGAAAAACAUUUGCUCUUUAUUAAUUUAGCUUUUUGUUUUAAAAAUAAAAUAUAAAACAUUUAUAUAUUGUGGGUUUUAAAAAAAAAAAAAUAUAUAUAUAUUUUUCAGCUGGCGAUGAUGGGUUUUUCCAUUCAGGUGUACCAACGCGAAGUCCUGAGAAAAAGAAACUAAGAUCUGGCCUAGAGGUAAUGUGUAUUUUUUUGUUUUUUAUAUUGAUAUAUUUUUCUCCUCGCUCUAAAGAAUAUACCGGACUUGAAAAUAUUGCUUUUUACCCCAGACAAACUUUAAAAUCUAAACUGCCACCCUUUGGAGGACAAUAUCCUGAAACAGAGAUAUUAUCUAUUAUGGCCCUUAAGCAUUCAUCAGUGCCUUGGAUUAUAAUAUGGUUGCCCUGCUUGGUCUAUCAAUAUUUAUAUUGGAGAUUCAUGUCCAUCAACUGUUUUUGAUUUAAUGGCGCUGUAGGUUGUCAGGACAUACACAUGUAUCUGUGACAUAGGUUGGUGACAUUAUUGACCUAUAUUCUAAGAUGCACUAAAAAUAUGUAUUUUUGAACCUUGCUCUUUAAAGCUGUCUUCAGGACCCACCAAACCAGCUGGUGUCUCAUACCACUGCUUUAUGAGCCAAUAGCUCAUUGGUUGGAUUAUCCUGGCUCAUUUGGUGGAUGGUGAGGAUGGGUGUGAAAAACCUAUUUAGAGUUUAACUGCUAAUUAUGACCCCAAUACAUUUCUUGUAGUAAGGAAAGUAGUGCUGAAUUUAUUCAUGAUUAAGAUCAAAGUAUAAACCAUGCUGCUGUCAUUAUUGGGGAGUCUCAUACUCACACUAUAUAUUGUAUUGGAACUUUGAAUUGUAGAGAAACUGAAAACGGAAUUGCAAAUUUUAUGCCAGAACUGCUAAACUGAAAAAAUACAAAUCCCCAACUUGGCUAUUUCUAGUUUUUAUUUUCAGUUCCAUUUUCAAAUCCCCACAAUUCCCAGUUUAGUGAAAGAACUCCUAUAUAAUUUUUUUAUGUCGCACACCUUUCUUUCAUCCCACCCCAAACUCAAACGGUUGUGUUCACUCUCUGCCCUCAUUUUUGCUUUGUAUUUUGCAAGAUUAUUCUUUAUCCUCUGUCUUUGCAUCUCUCUCUGUCUCUUACAGAUUAUGAGGGCUAUUCUUUAAAGUAAGAAUUCAGAGUACAUCUCAAAUUUAAGGUCAAAUUAAUCACUUUGUAAAUUCUCCAAGUCUGCUAUGCUUUCACUUUGGCUAUUUUUGGUCUUAAAUUUAAACAAAUCACCUUGAAUUUACCUUAAAUUCAUCUUGAAUUCUCACUUUAGUCAAUAACUCUGUAAGUGUUCCUUUGCUUUGAUAGGAUGGUUUUGAUAUCUCCAUGUUUCAAAUAAUACUUAUUUUUUUUUUUUUUUCCUUCUGCCCUCAUUAGAGAUCUUCACACUCGCAAUAUGCUCCACCAACAAACACAAGUUCCAACCAUCUAAUAGCUUCUAAUCCUUUUGCUGAUGAAUAUAGUGUUUCACCUCCUCUGAACUACAGUCAAUUCACCAAGCCUAGAUAUAGUGCUAGUGAAGAUCAUCAGGCUUUUAGAAUGCCAUUCACAAACCCACCUAGAAUGUUCUCUCAUUCUUCUGCCUCACCCCGCAGGGAACAACAGACUCAUCUUCCUCAAAAGUCAGUGCGGAAGCCUUAUGACAAAACGCACUACUUCAACACUUCCAUUCAAGAUAAUCACUCUUUUAACGCUGAGUUUGAUCAAACCAUUACCUUCCCGGGACAGCAUUUCAGAACUAACCAUACUGAGAAAUUCCAAAGCUCAGAAAAUAAUCCUGACUUAAGAGUAGCUCAUCACAGAAGUCCAAAGGAAAAAUCAAACUUGAAUGUGCAUAUGGAUACAAUGCAUGCUUAUAUUUCACAACAAACUAACUUUAGAAGCCCAAAAGGAUGCUCCCCAAAAACUGUUAAUCGACAGAGACAAACUUUAGAUAUUACAUCGUUCUCUCCUGCUAGUACAGAAGACGUCCAUUCUCCUGCUUCUGAUUGUUUGUAUGUUGUUGACAAUAAAGGAACGCCUGUUAAAGAUUGUGCACCACAACUAGCAAAAGACGACGUAUCCUUGCAUGAAAAGUGCAAUAGAUGGCUCCUCCAUGCCUCACACUCUGGUCAUUUAUCCAAAGGUCCAUUAUACCCAUGUGGAAUAUGUUCUGGAGAUGUUGAUGAAGUCCAGGAUUCCAUCAUGUGUGAAGCUUCUUGUCGGAAGUGGUUUCACAGAACAUGUACUGGGUUGACUGAGUUUGCUCAUGCACUUCUAACCGCUGAAGCCUCUGCAAUUUGGAGUUGUGAUUCCUGUAUGGCCAAUAAAGAUGUCCCAUUGAUACAAAUCAAGCAUUGACUAGUGAUGACUUAAAUCCCCAACCCAUCCAACCCAACAUAGAUGUUUAUCAUUAUUUAAUGAAGUGCAUUAAAUGAAGCAAUCACGUGCCUUUAUUCAGUUUAUAGUAACAAAUUUCAGAACAGUCCAUGAUCA